CAUAGGCAACAUUUAGAGAAUAUAGACCAAUACGAACAAAAUAAAUUGACAAAAGUGAGCUGUCAUUUUUCUAUUCACUGAAUUAAUCAUUACUAAAAUAAAUUAAAUAAAACUUAAAGAAAACAUGUUUCGAGCUAAUAAUUUUGAUAAAUUACUUGAUAAAGCGACAAGUAAUCUGCGCUUGGAUCCCGAUUGGCCAACUAUCCUGCAAAUUUGUGAUCUGAUUAGACAAAAUGAUUGUUCACCAAAAUAUGCAGUGGCUGCUGUUAAAAAGAAGCUUUAUGCACAGAACCCACAUCAAGCUAUGUUUGCUUUACUUACUCUAGAAAGUAUUGUUAAAAAUUGUGGAUCCGGAGUUCAUGACGAAGUGACGUCUAAAGCCUUCUGUGAGACCUUACGCGAUUUAGUGAAGUCUACACAACAUGAAAAUUUACGUAACAAAAUUCUUGAGCUCAUACAAGCAUGGGCUUUUGCAUUUCGGAACUCGCCCAAGUAUAGAGCUGUUCAGGACACAGUAAAUAUACUGAAAGCUGAAUGCUACAAGUUUCCACCGCUUAAAGAAUCUGAUGCAAUGUUCUCUGCUGACACGGCACCGGAGUGGGCUGAUGGAGAAGUAUGCCAUAGAUGUCGUGUCGCUUUCACGCUUAUGGUCCGCCGGCAUCAUUGUCGAGCAUGCGGCCAAGUUUUCUGUCAGCAGUGCAGCUCCAAAACAUCGACUCUACCAAAGUUUGGCAUUGAAAAAGAGGUUCGUGUAUGCGAUGCUUGCUAUGACAAAGUAAGCCGCCCUCCAACCUCAUCUGCAAAACUAGAAAUCAUAGACACUUCUAGCGACUAUGGACCAACACCAACACAGAAGCGUCCCGCCGGCGGCGGUAAAUCUGCUGAGGAGCUUCAAGAGGAGGAAGAGUUGCAACUCGCGCUUGCUCUCAGUCAGUCGGAGGCAGAGCAGAAAGAAAAGGAGCGCAAGUCACGCUCCCAUAUUGCGCCAGACCCCACGCCGCACCAUCCCACAUUGUCUCCGACGCCGUCCUCCGUGAGCGCGUCUCCGGACCACAGCGCGCAGGCGUCCUCGGAGCUCUCCCGGUAUCUGGACCGUAACUACUGGGAGCAGCGGUUGUCUCGGGACUCGGCCGCCGCCCCUACAGCUCCCUCGCCUGCCUCUCACGCUUCACAUACGACUCACGAUGUCGCCGAGUUGGAAUAUAUUAAACCCGUUGCAAAUAAAGCGCCAGAUGAGGAUGCCGAGGACAAAGAGAUAGAUGAAUUUAUCGAAACAUUGAAGUCACAAGUAGAAAUAUUUGUAAACAGAAUGAAAAGUAAUUCCUCAAGAGGGCGCUCCAUUGCCAAUGAUACAUCAGUACAAACUCUCUUUAUGAACAUAACCGCAAUGCAUUCUCGCCUACUACGUUACAUACAACAACAAGACGAUAAAAGAGUGUAUUUGGAGAGCUUACAGGACAAAGUGACACAAGUGCGAGAUAGCCGCGCUGCUUUAGAUACGCUAAGGGCCGAACACGCCGCACGAUUGACCGCACAAGCAGAGGCCGCCGAACGACAAAGACAAAUGCAAAUGGCUGCCAAACUGCAAGCCAUGAGGAAGAAAAAGCAUGAAUACCUCCAGUACCAGAGACAACUCGCCCUCCAGAGGGUACAGGAACAAGAAAGAGAAAUGCAAAUGAGACAAGAACAGCAAAAACAUCAGUAUAUGAUGUCCAACAGUGGCUAUUACAUGCCUGGUGUAACUAUGUCACAGUACCAACCAGGAUAUCCCAAUCAACCAAUGUAUGUAAACCCACAAUUCCAUCCACAAAUGAUGCCACCACCACAAGCGACUACAGAUGCUUCUGUAUCCAUACCGGGUCAGCCACAAAUGUCACAAGCCAAUAUGCAAAUGGGUGGAAUAUCUCAAUCCGUGCCACAGUUGACAAACACCUACCCUAUGACCAGUACUGGUGUUGCAAUCAGCCAAGCGCCAACAAGCGUUCAACAGUCAAUGAAUCAGUCUAUUCGACCAACACCUGGCCAACAGUUGCCUAUGCAGCAACAAAUGUUAAUGCAUCAAAUGAGAAUGCCAGUUCAGGCUGGUGUUCACCAGAUGAUUCCACAAGGUAUAUCUAGCAACCAGAAUGUGCCCCAACAGAAUGGUCAAACUAAUCAGCUACCUAAACAGCCUAAUCAACCGCAGCCGCCCAGUGCGAUGGGCCCACCUAUGUCUGUUGGGCAACAAAGUCUAGGUCAACUUCAAUCUCUAAUAAAUCCGAACAAUCCAAUGUUAGGAUUGCAAAUGCAAAAUAUGAGAAUGCCAAUCAUGACAGGGGGUCAAUCAAAUGCUAAUCCUCAAGUUCCAGCUUCUGGGUAUCCAGUUAUGCCAAAUCAGCAGAAUAAUCAACAUACAUCUCAAAUUCCAAACAUGCAACAGCAAUCUCAGAUGCCCUUACCUGGUCAGUCAAUGUUGUUACCAGGUCAACAAAUGAUGCAAGGUCAAACAGUCCCUAGUCAACAUCAGAAUAUAUCCAUGGCCAACCACAUUCCUCCUACAAACCAAACUGCGACAUCUCAAGUAUCACAGAUACCUACUUCUCAUGGACAUCAGAUACCACAGCAACCUCAAGCACAAGGUCAACCAAUGCCCAUGCCUGGACAACCUUUACAACCACCAAACCAACACAUGUUAAUGCAAGGAGGACAAUCUAUUUUACCCCAAAAUCAUAUUCCUCAACAAGGUCAAAUGAACCAACUCCCUCCAAGUCAAAUGCUUCCUGGCCAACAAGGACAACAACUACCUCAUGGGCAACAAUUGCCUCAUAUAAUGGCAGGAGGUCAAAUGUCGCAAGGCCCACAAAUACAUAAUCAAAUGCCACCACAGAUGAGUGUACAGGGACAACAAACACACCAAUCUAUUCCUUCAGGUCGACCAAUGUCUCAAGGUCAACCAAUGCCGCCAAACCAACCUAUGCCUCAAGGACAGCCAAUGCAAGGUCAACCUAUGCCUCAAACUCAGCCUACACCCCAAAAUAUUCCUGGACAACCCAUAAAAGCACCACAAAACUUUGGCCCACCAGGUCAAGGGCAACAACAGGUGUCCAUAAACCAACAGGUGCAAACACCUGUAAAGUCUGAACAUAAUAAUAAUACAGCGGAACUGAUAAGUUUUGAUUGAAAUUAUGUAUGUAUAUUUUGACCAGAUGAGAGAUCUAAUUAUUUCAAUGACUGUUAAACUUGUUUUAUUGUAAGUAAGAGAGAUAUGCAAUAAUGAACAUCUUAGAAAUUGUGCAAGUUGUGAAGUUUGAAACCAAAAUAAUUGUCAUGUAUAGGGUAUUUUAAAUUCGAGAUUUUUACGAUAUAAUAAGGCUUUUACUGUCACCAAUAUUAAUCAUUAUUUAUAUAAACAUUGCAGUAGUUUCAGAUAAAUAUUUAGAUGUCACUCAUCAUCACAAAGACUUGUUAUAUUCCCAUAAUUAAUUUCUAAUAAUAAGUUUAGUUUUAAUGCGAGCACCUCACAUUGACCUCUGACUAUAUAAACUUUCCAAAGUAUUCUUUAACUACUGACAUGUCUAAUACAGAAUAAAGGAAAUAUGUGUUGUACUUAGUUUUUCAAACUGCUUGGUGGCUAUAUUUUUUACAAUAUAUUAACACGUCAAUAAUUCUAUAUCCUUUGUUGUUUGUAAUUUAUUCUUUAGUUCAUAGUUUAGCAAAUAUUUAGUCUUUGUAAAUCAGGUACUUUUAUAUUAUGAAAUGGUAAUUAAAUUAUUAAAAAAAUAUUAUCAUAUUUUAAACAAAUGGGACUAUGUGAGGCGCCAAUUUAGGUAUGAUUAUUGCCUUGUAAUCUAUGUAAAUGCAAAAUGUAAAAAUUCUGUCGUUUGUAGUUAAAUUACAUUAAUAAUAUAAUACAGAGUUAAAAUUACAAAUAUCGUUAUUUUAAUUUUUUCAUUAAUGAACAAUUACUGUUAUUUUAUUUUUACACUUAAGUUGUAUAUGAUUAAUAAUACCAAUAAAACGUGAACAUUCUUU